AUGGUUAAAUCAUCUUACAACGAAUCUCUCAUUGAAUUGUUGGACACGCUUACAAUUCAAUUAGAUCGUUAUGCAGCAAUUUUUAUUUUUCUGUUUGGUGUUGUGGGAAACGUUCUCAAUAUUUUCGUUCUCUCGCAGCGAACUUUUCAUUCAAAUUCAUGUGCUUGGAUUUUUCUGACUGCAUCCGUUGUGAAUCUCGUUUCUAUUCUAUCUGGUCUUAUCACAAUUAUGAUCGGUAGUUGGACAACUAAUCCAACCAAUACUAUAGGAUGGAUUUGUAAGCUUCGAGCUCAUCUUGUAUUCUCAACAAGAACCAUGGCUCCAUGGUUAAUUGUAUUAGCUACAAUAGAUCGAUGGCUUUUAUCAAGUAUCGAUGCUAUCCGUCGACGAAAAAGUACACUCAAAAAUGCUCAACGAUGGGCAGCAGUGAUUAUCACUCUUUCUAUACUUCUCUAUGCUCAAAUGUUUUAUUGUUAUGAAGCAAAUCUUACCGAUGCACCGUUGUCAUGCUAUGAUAAAACAGUUAUAUGCCGUUAUCUUACUGAUUUAUCGUUUGUUAGCAUUACCGUUAUGAUUCCCGUAGUGCUCAUGAUUUUAUUUGGCUUGCUAACUAUUAUAAAUGCACGUGAGUCUCAACGUCGUGUCCAGUCGUUGACGAGAGGAAAUCAUGUCUCUGGUACAAAUAGAUCAUCAAGAGCGACUGCUGGAAGUUCACAGAGAAAACCAACACGCAGAACAGAACAAAGCCUUCUUCGAAUGCUUCUUGUGCAAGUUUUAGCGCUCUGUAUUCUUACUAUUCCAUUAUCACUUGACAGAUUUUAUUCGACACUCUAUAAAGACAAUGGAUCUGCGGUAAGCACUGCAAUUAAUUCGUUCAUAUACAAUACCGCCAUUUUACUUUAUUUCAUAUCAAAUGGCAUGCCGUUCUAUAUAUAUACACUGUGCGGUGGAAGGGUUUUUCGCAAAGCCUUAUGUGAUUUUCUUUUAAUGAUGAAACGAAAACUUCUGCUUACUCUAUUAAAUACCUCAGUUUGUUGUAACUAA